UUGUUUAAUUCCAUUUUGCAGAAGUUACCAAGAACCGAUUCUGAAACCAAAAAUGGCUUCCCUUUCUAUUCUCCACCGUCCCUGCAUUUUUCACCACACCCCCAAAUCCUCAACCCUAACCCUAAAACCAAAACCCAAUUCCCUUUCAUUCUCACCCUUAACUAAACCAUCACUCAAACUCAAACUCAGAAACGGCGUCGUUAAAGCAAGCACAUCCACACCCGCAGCACCAGAACGGUUAAUCUCAAUCGCCGCAUACGCACUUCCAUUCUUCAAUUCCCUUCAAUAUGGUCACAACAUUCUCACCCAAUACCCUAAAGUCGCACUCCUCUUCGACCCAAUCAUCCCUUUCCUCUCAUUCUACAGAUCCCUCCCUUACGCUUCGUUCAUAGCGUUCUUCGCGCUUUACUUGGGAAUUGUGAGGAACCCUAUUUUUCCACAGUAUGUUAGAUUCAAUGCUAUGCAGGCUCUGACAUUAGAUGUGCUUCUGGUUCUUCCGAUGCUGUUUCAGAGGAUUUUCUCUCCUGGGAGAUAUGGAUUAGGUUUUAAGAUUUUGGUUUGGUCGCAUAAUGUUGUGUUUGUUUUUAGUAUUCUGUGUUUUGUUUAUAGUGCUUUGUGUUGUCUUUUGGGUAGGACUCCUUACCUGCCUUUUGUUGCUGAUGCUGCUGCUAGACAAAUCUGAAUAUCAUAUGAUAGAUUAUAGGAUUACUAUGUGUUGUAUUGAAUUGUAUCAAACAAACAAUUACCUCUCUUUUGCUGUUCUGUUAGUUAUUUUGGGUUACUUGAAUUAAUGAAUGAAUACAAUUAAUUAUCCUUUUCAAUUUA